CCCUCUCCCUCUCCUUGUUAUAAAACCCCAACAAUAGCACCUCUCUCUCUCUCUCUAUUACUCUCAACCCCCAAAUCCAACUUAUCUCUCUGUUUCUGUCUAUCUCCGUACAAUUCUGUUUCUUACGCGUGGCAUGACGUGCUCCGUUUACACUUGAAAAAUAUCCUUCUUCGUUCCUUCUAUCGUUUCUUCUGUAAACUGGUGCAGUGAAUUUAUAGUUAUGAUAAAAAAAAAGUCGUUAAUGGCGUCGAUGGCUUCGCCACCGCCGCUGCCGUCGCCACCGUUGUUUGAUGGCGUUAGGGGAGGAGCUGUUACGGCAGCAGAAAAUAACAGCACUGAACGCUCGCAUUCUUCUUCUUCUUCGAAUGAGAGAAUAGUAAUUUCGAUCCUUUGCAUAAUCGUGCUUGUUUCCGUCUCUCUUUGUCUCCUCCGCCGCCACAUCAACCGACGAUGCCGGCGCCAUCUCUCUCGUUCAACUACCUCUGCAAUCAUCGCCGCCUCCAGCCACCGAGUCACUCCCGAACAAUCAACGACGGCUUUGUUGCUCGAUUCUCUUCCUCUUUUUACCUUCUAUUCUAUUACUCGCCGCUCCAACGACGAUUCCACGGUUUCCGGAGAUUGCGCGGUUUGUUUGUCAAAAUUUGAACCGCAGGACCAACUCAGGCUUCUCCCUCUCUGUUGCCACGCGUUCCAUGCUCGUUGUAUUGAUACUUGGCUCACUUCAAACCAAACUUGUCCUCUAUGUCGCUCUCCUCUCUUCGCUUCCGACUCCGAUCUCAUGAAGGUUUUGGUUCAGUCUUCUAACGCAGGCGAUGCGAUUGGAAGUGGCGGCAGAGAUAGUUACCGGCUCGAGAUUGGCUCUAUCAGUCACAGUCAACAUGGCUCCGACUCCGCUGAGCAGAGAAGGACUUAUUCGAUUGGCUCUUUGGAUUAUAUCGUAGACGAAGAAUCAGAGGUGACUAGGAAUCAAACGCACCAGAGAAACGUGUCCAUUAAGGAAGAGAUUGGAGGAGCAGAGGCAACGUCGGAAGAGAGCCUCGCCGCGGAGGUUGCUACUGGAAGGACUUUACUUAAGGAAUACGUAGACAGGCUCUCUUUUUCGUUAUCGUCUAGUGCGUCGUCGUUUCGUAGCUCAGGAAGUUUCUUCACCGGGAGCAGUCGCCGAAGCGAUAUCUCCGGCGCCGAUGGAGAUUAUGACGUGGAAGCCAAUCGUAUUGGCGUGGAGAUCAGCGAAAUGUUUCGCUGGUUCUCAGGGGUAUGAAAGGCAAAUACGAUUUUGACGCAUGGGCAUUUAUGUAUUUUCGUUUUUUGGUUCAAUUAGUUCACUGUAGUUUUUCCACUCCUUUCCUGGUGGAACCGAGUCAACGGACAACAGUUGAGCAAAUGCUGAAGUGGACAUAGCACAAUUUUGGAGUGCAGGUGUAGCUUUACGAUUUUAUCCGCUGUAAACAAAGUAGGAAUAAGAAAAGAAGCAUUCUAAAA